AUGGACUUGCGGUACUCGGCGCGGAGUUGGACGCCGUCCCGCGGGAAGCAAGUCUUCCUGGCCGCCGCCGCCCGCAGGUUUCAAAGCGUCACGUCAAAGGAGACGCCUGUGCGGGCGACGGGGGUCCUGGUGCUCCUGGGCGUGGGGGGGCUCGUCUGCCUCAGACUCAUAAGGCGCUUCGCCGGCAUCACCCCCCAGGGGGGAGGGGGACGAGGGGGGCGAGGGGUCCAUGGGGGGCGAGGGGUCCGUGGAGGGCGAGGGGUCCGUGGGGAUCGGAGGAUGGCCGAGGAGGAAGUCGGCUUCGACGAUUCCAAGAUCGAGAGCCACUACUUCGGGCCCGCCCUGGAGGACGAUGCCUCGGACGCGGAGUCCCUCCCCGCCGACCCGGCUCCGCCCGACGGGCCGGGGGCGAUGCGACUGCGACCAGGAAGGCCGACAUCACUGCUGGACACGGAAUGUUCUGAAGACAUCAGUCUCUGCUCUGACCUGGACAUUUCCGAAUUGGACUCGGAAAAGCGAAGCCCUGGAGUGACUCAAAAUCUUCUUCCGAAGACUCGGAUACUCUCUCAGAUCCGGGAGGGGAAAGAGCGGUCGCCACCGGACGGAGCGGAAUCGGACGAAUGCGAGCUUCCGCCGUUGAAGACGAUGGCGGAACCGGGCGUCGGACUGUACAAGUUCCACCAGCCGGGCCACCGAGACGAGUCGUUCGACAGCACGUGCUCCGAGAUGAGCCUGGACGUGCCGCUGCGAGACGAGCUCGGUUCGAGCACGGCCGCUUACUUCAGCACGCUGGAGACGGAGCUGCACAACGUGAAGCAGUCGUGCUUCACGAUGGACGCGAAUCUGGUGACGCUGCAACACCUGCGACGCGCGAAGCCGAGCGGGAUCGCCGCCAGCGACUCCUUCCCCAACUUCUACGGUCUGACCUGCUCGUCGCCGAUCGAGGUGAAGGUCGCCGGGAACGCCGUCCAGAGCCCCGUGUCGAGCCAACAGGGCAGCUGCCUCAGCCUCGAAUGGGAUAACACGGGCGUGGAACCCCAAGCGGAAGACGCGGAGACGGCGUACCGACGAGCCCCGUUCUUGGUCGGGGAAGACGCACUGCUCCGCUUCGAAAGCUUCUCCCCUCUCAGGACCCCGGAAUUCUUGGACGAGGAUCUCUGGUCGGACGACUCGGUCGUCCUCAGUCCCGUUCGCAGCCGCUCUUGCAGCACUGGCUCCCUCCCCUCCAGGGAUUCUGGAGAAGAGCGAGAGCUUUCCCCAGAUGCCAAAGAAGGACAGGGGCUACCUGUAUCUCAGCUAGGCGACGACAGACGGAAACGGAAGAGGAGACGCGAUCACACGCUCACCGAGCAGCCUUCGUCUUCCAGGUGACGUCCUCCCUCCUCCCCCGGGUGACGUCCUCCCUCCUCCCCAGGUGACGUCCUCCACCGUUGCGAGGUCACUGGAAUCGCGUGAGGAACGCAUCCGAACCGAGGAUUCCGAAAUGCGGGUGCUGUCAGAUUCGAAGGCGGUUGGAAUUGCACCGGUGCAGGGGUUCAAGUGCCACACUAGUCGCUUUGAAAUGAUCACAAUUGGUGCUGCGGAUCUACGAUUUCGUUCCGACUCUUCGCAAAAGCAAAAAGAUUUUUUUUCCUCUCCACGGUUCCGUGUUUUUCUUAUUCGUUUUUAGAGAGGUGACGUUUGUAAAAUAGAGAGUCACUUGUUCACCACCCGAUCAAUAAAUAUCUUAUGGGUGUGCAGACCUUCGUUUUUCACUUGUCUUUCGUGUGAAAAUUAAGCGAACCUGCUCUGCACGUGUGAUGCUGCAUGAUUAAUGGAAACCUGGAGGGUGAGGGAGGACAACAUUGUCCUCGAGGAUUCUCUCGUUUUCAUCAUUCUGUUCUCCUCGGGUUCUUAUUAAUGCUUCGAGUUUACGCAUUUCCGAAAAUCUUUGUGUUCCCGGAUAUAAGUUUGUUCCCCAU